AUGGGUGUCACUGCACGGGACAAUAACCCGAGCCCUCCCCCCGGGCGCCAGUGCCGAAAGGUAAACGUCCGCUGUCAUGUCUGGGAAAGAAGGGCCGUGAAGAACGUCGAAAGACGGAGAAAUCUUCAUAAAACCAACCCGCAUGUGGUCGAGUCCAAAGAUGGCGAAGGUGGCGAGGCUACACGGGCUAGUGCAGGUAGCGUUAGCUCAGACAGCACUAAACCAUGCACGCAGGAGGACUUGAUUGCAGUGUCAAACAAAAUCACCGACAAGAUUGUGGCUGUGUUAGACAUGAAGAUAACGGAGGUCUCCAACAAGCUCGACACGAUUAAUGCUAAGCUAGAUGCCGAAUCUCUGCGUUUGGACGCAGCUGAGCAGCGCAUUGCUGUCACAGAGGAGAGCGUGGAGGAGCUGGAGGAGCUGGCGAAUGCAGAGAAGAAAUUGGCGCCAAUGGCUGGAAGACUGGACGACCAGGAGGCAAGAGAACGCAGAGACAACCUCAGGAUUUACGGGGUGAAAGAGGGAUUUGAAAAAGGGAAUGCUCUAUCCUUCUUUGAAACGUGGCUACCCAAGUAG